UUGACCCACUGGACUAUGAAGAUUAUAGUAGAAGAUGACCAUUCUGUUGUCCAGUUGGUAAAUGUACUACAGCUGGUAGUCAGACAUUUCAAGGUGUAUUACCCCGUCAGACAUCAUGUAAUACAGCACAUGGUGAACUCCUUGCAGAGACUGGGCUUUACACACAGUGGAUCAGGUGAUGACACAUCAGUGUUAAUGAAGAGGGAUGGCUCAGUUGAUCCACCAGGCAAGGUGAAGAAGGCUUGAUACUCUUCUGGUGGAAAACUGAAAAUGUUUUGCUUGCAAAAAUAGCAGGU